AUGAUGUCGACGGCAUCCAAGUGCGUUGAAAAUUGUAUCCGAACGAAAUUGCAAAACCGAUUCAAUCCAAAAGUGUUGCAACUCAUCAACGAGUCGCACAUGCACAAUGUACCAAAAGACUCGGAAACGCAUUUCAAAGUCGUUAUUGUAUCUGAUGAAUUCGAAGGCAUGCCCUUGAUUAAGAGACACCGUUUGGUAAACGCGAUACUGACGGAUGAGCUCAAGUCCGGCGUACACGCUUUGUCUAUAGUGGCCAAAGCUCCGGCCCAGUGGAAAGACGAACCGGUCGAAAGUAGUCCCAAUUGUCGAGGUGGUUUUGGAAAGUGA